AUGCGCGAGAGGUCUCGUUCUCCGCGUCGUCGUUCGCGUAGUCCUCGACGCAGCCGCCGUUCAUAUUCGCCUCGCAGCCGUUCUCGCAGCCGUGACGACUACCGUCGCAGUGACCGCAGAUCCAGAUCUCCUAUGAGUGGUGCAGCAGGCGCUUCCGGGGGACAUUCAGGUUCUGGUUACGGAGGGCGUGGCGGCUUUUCCGGUAGAUCGUACGAAGAGCGCGCAGCGGCGAAAGAGCAAAUGAUACAGUCAGUGCGCGAAUCUUCACAGCAAGACCGCCGGGUCUAUGUCGGCAAUCUAUCCUACGAUGUCAAGUGGCAUCACCUGAAAGAUUUCAUGAGACAGGGUGAGCAGGGUCAUAUAAUCAUAUGGGUUGGAUUGCGCGACGGUCCGCUGGAGAGGUUAUCUUUGCCGAUGUCUUACUCCUUCCGAAUGGAAUGUCGAAGGUGGGCGCCAAUGUGUAGCAGUGGCUGGUCUUUUUUUUUUCCUGGUUUGUCUUUGGUUACUUUGAUGGACUGUUGGGUUGACGGGUCGGGACCUGGCCGUCCGGAUAUUGUAGGGCUGCGGGACCGUGAACCCGAACCCCGCUUUUCUGGCCCCCCCUCCCGGGACUUUGGCAGAGGUGCUGGUUAUGGCGGUGGACGACAGAUCUACGUUGCCAACCUCCCUUACAAUGUCGGUUGGCAAGACCUGAAAGACUUAUUCCGCCAAGCUGCCCAACACGGCGCUGUGAUCCGCGCAGAUGUCCACACCGACCCGAGCGGCCGCCCGAAAGGUUCUGGUAUCGUUGUAUUUGAGUCUGCUGAUGAUGCUCGUAAUGCUAUCCAGCAGUUCAAUGGCUAUGAGUGGCAGGGGAGAAACCUCGAAGUUCGCGAGGAUCGCUACGCCGGUGCAGGAUUCGGUGGAUACGGCCGCGGCGGCUAUGGCUACGGCGGUCGCGGCGGCUUUGGCGGUCGUGGUGGUUUUGCUGGCCGCGGCGGCUAUGGCUUCGGUGGGCGCGGCGGCUAUGGCGGGGGUGGAUAUGGCGGUGGCUACGAAGCUGCUGCGUCUGUCCCGCCCAAUCCGUUUACUGACUAUGCCACCUCUGGCGGAGACAGGAGUAACACCAUCUACGUCCGUAAUCUGCCCUGGUCUACAUGCAACGAGGAUCUUGUCGACCUCUUCUCCACUAUCGGCAAGGUCGAGCGUGCAGAGAUCCAGUACGAACCGAAUGGUCGCUCACGCGGUACUGGUGUGGUCCAAUUCGAUAAUGCGGAAACUGCUGAAACUGCAAUUGCUAAAUUCACCGGUUACCAAUACGGUGGCCGUCCUCUGGGAAUCACCUUUGUCAAAUACAUUACGCCUCCUGGUCAUGGCGAUGCGAUGGACGGGGCUGAGCCGACGUCUGGUCUGACUCAGGACCAAAUCAUGUAA